AUGUCCUCGGACGCUGGUAGUCGCGCAUCGUUCUUCCCCAAAGCCGACGCUGCCGUUCUUCGCACAAGUUACGAACCCCCAUCACCGAGUACGCGGCCCGUUGAGGUGGGGCCGAUUCUCGAUCCCCAAAAUGCGAACAAAGCACUUGACGCAUGGUCGGCAGCAAUAACAAGAGAUAUAUACCCUUCCACUACCGACAUCUGGGGCCCGGCACCUAUUCCUGACGAGAGCCUAGCGACAACAUGUAUUGCGGACCGCUACCUCUUCCCUCUUCUGACGCGCAACGAGCGGUUGCGCUUGACCAUGCUGUUUUACUACACGCGUGGUAUCGUCGAAGAUAAGGAACUGAUUUCUCGUCUGCAGGAGAAGGUCCAUCUCGCCCGGGAAACGGUGGGGUGGGAGUUCGCCAUCACGGGCUUGUUGGAUCACAAUACGUAUACGCGCAUUGUGACCGUUGGCUUGCCUUUGGCUGUGCUACCGAGACGCGAGAGUACCUGCGCGCACACCGUCAAUCAGCCGCCAGGCAAAAUAUUCAACCUGGCCAAUAUGGCCGAGGAUUGGAGAUUUAUGGCAUCACCGCAUGUUGAGCAAGGCGGACUACGGGCAUAUGCUGGAGUUCCUUUGCGAUUUGAGACCGAAUUCGGGCAAGAGCAACACGUAGCCUUCGGCUCCCUCUGUGUUGCAUCGAACACGGAACAGCCACCGCUCACCAAAGCGGAGCAGAUGUCCCUGGCCCGCCUUGCAGAUUGGAUCGUAGCAGAUAUCGUACAAAGUGCGAGAGCACGUCGACAGCGAGAGCGCCGCACAAUGAUGGAGUUGCUCGCCGUCGCGCAAAAGCAGAUUGAUGUCGACGGGAAUUUUGAAGUCGUUAUUCUUGACAUGCUUGAGAAGGUUUACCCCAAGGCCGUUGUCAGCAUAAAUACGUCCAUCGAUGAUCAACUUAUCCUGGAUGGAGGCACCGAAGUUCCUCUAAAGCAAAUCGAACAAGGUCUAUGGGAAGACGGCGAAUACUUCGAUCAUCUAAUUGAACAGUCCAACCAUCUCGAUCCAGUCGCUCCUCGAAUUGUAAGAGUUGUGGCAGUCCACUGUGCAAGUCAACGCAUCCCGACAUACCUGGUCGUGGGUUCGAAGGACUUCCGUGUUGUGUUCGAUGACGUCGAUUCUUCUUUUCUCCAUAUGGCUGCGGAGAUGCUGAGCCGAGGAUGGCAGAACCUUGCUCUCAGAGAGGCAUUGAGUGCGAAAGACAACUUCCUUCGCGGAAUCACGCAUCAACUUCGAACACCCAUCCAUGGGAUUCUAGGCUCGGUUGAGCUGCUAGCCGAGGAACUUGGUACACGGGAAACGAUAUCUCAAAUCUCGGGCUCGAGACGAGGUUCCACAACUUCCAGUCUCAGUGGCGACCACACAGAUCCGGACACAUAUAUCAGGACAAUUCGAAGCUCAGCACACGAUUUGAUAUCCACUGUCAACAGCCUCAUUAACUUGAAUCGAUGGACAGAUAUCGCACAGGCUGAACGCAUUGUUGCACCUCAUCAUAUAUACGAGAUAGAAACAGCAUUGCUGAACGAGGUUCUCCAGCCCCACCUAGACGAAAUCUCAAAGAGGCCUUCCAUCAUGUUCAAACAUCACUUCCCUGAGGACUUCGACACUUUAGCUUUGGACAUGCGGUUAUUCGUCGACUGCAUUCAGCCGCUUAUUACCAAUGCCAUUCAAGCAGCCGAAGGUGGUGUCGUUUGCGUUACUACGACCGUCACGGAUGAAAACGCAGUUCUGGUUGUGGACAUAGAAGACACUGGCAAAGGUAUUCCAUCGAGUGACCACGAGAGUAUUUUCAGGGCCUACGAAAAGGUCAAUACGCACACGACGGGAGCGGGACUUGGGCUCACUGUAGCGAGCCGGCUAGCCAGCAUCAUGAACGGCGUGGUAACACUCGUCAGGUCUGAAAUUGGCAAAGGAUCGCAUUUUAGAGCUACCUUUGAUCGCCCAGCCUGGUUAGCAGCGCAACGAAGGACAAGUAUCACAGAAACCGUCUUGCUUAGAUUUGACGGUCCGAUGCACCCGACACCGUUAAGCAGCUUUUACGUUCGUUAUCUCCUCCACCGUGGUCAUAGCCUGUCAGAAAAUCACGACGGCUCGAUAUACGUCUUCGAUCAUUCCACCGAUUUCCAGCAUGAACAGGAUCUACAAUCUGGAAGGGCGGGUAUCUGCCUGAUACCAGACUCGGCAAAUCAUCCUCUGAUGCAUGACGGCGACCAAAUCCGAAGAGACAAGAACUCCAUAUAUGUGAAAGGCCCGUUUCUAUCAAGCAUACUCGAACAAGCGUGGAGCCAGGCUUACGGUAUACACGUCGAGUUGGAAGCCCUGAGGAAUGCCUCCACAACGGACGUUCCCCCAGAGGAUGCCAUCGACGAUAACGAGCCCGUGGCCACGUCAGAUGACGCUUCGGGCGUUCCGACGACGCUGAGCUCGACAUCGCUCGCAUCCGGACCGACCUUGCUAGAGACUGCUGACACGCUCGCUAUGUCUCUGAAAUCAUUUCACUUGAAGACGCCCUCGCCAGUCCUUCGUAGGCAGCCGACAAAGCCCACGACCUUGAUAGUAGACGAUAACGCUAUAAACCUCCGCUUUCUAGAAAUGUACUGUCGACGCCGCGGCAUCCCCCACUCCACCGCAACAGACGGCCUCAAAGCUGUGCGAGCCUUCCUCGACCAUCAAACUGCAGCCUUAGCACCUGACUCCGUCGCUACCGCUGUCGCACCGAUCGCACUUAUCCUUAUGGAUUUGCAAAUGCCAAACUGCGACGGCGUCGAAGCGACCCGACAGAUAAGAAAGUUGGAGGAGGCCAAUGGAUGGCUCAAGACGACCAUCGUCAUUGUCACCGGCCAGGACUCAUUCCAGGACCGGACGCUGAGCAAAGAGGCGGGGGCGGACGACUUUUUUGUUAAACCUGUGGGACCGAAGGUUUUGGAUCAGGGUAUCAAGGAUUGGUUUCCUGAGGCCAAGGUGUGA